ACGGAAUACCAUCAGUGUACAGUGCCACAUACGAGACGGAGAAGCAGACGACGCUGGAAUUCAACACUGUUCAAUACUUUGACGAUGUCCACAUUGGGGAUCGGCGUCACAGCUCUGUCAAAAUUCGUUUGGAAAGCCCCUAAACUUGCUGGAUUUGGGUUUCAACAAGUCCGUAACAAAUGGGUUGGGUGGAAGAUGAUUCGCGACGUUAAGCGGAGAAAAAUGGUGCAAGAACAUGCUCCUGAAAGAUUACGAGUUAAUUCGUUGCGAAAAAACACUAUUUUGCCUUUGGAGCUACGGGAAAUCGUAGACCAGGAGAUCGCUGCUUUUCCAAGGGACUCUUGCUUUGUUAGAAUUCGGAAUCGUUGCGUCAUUACUUCUAGAGCUAGAAGUGUUAUUCCGAGGUGGAGACUCUCCAGAAUUAUGUUUAGGCAUCUCGCUGAUUACAAUCAACUUUCUGGCGUGCAACGUGCAAUGUGGUAGUCGAGUGUUUUGUUUAACAAUUAAUUCGUAGCAAGUUUUUUUUUCCCAUAAUAAAGUUGUAAAACCCUUUAA